GCUACGCUAUCGCCUGAGAGACGAAGGUAUUUGCGGCGUUCGUUAGCGUGAUGGAUUAGUUGCUGUUUUACCUUGGUUAUCUGGUUACUGCAGUAUGUGGCAGUUCUGUGAGCACGGAGGGACAUGAGUGAAGGCUCAAAGAUGGUCUGAUGGACCGCCGCUUCUCCUUGACCCUUCUUUUCUGCUCAGUGUUGUGGAUCUUCUUCUGGGAAAUACGCUGGAAGAACAGAAAAGAAAGUGAGAUUGAAGAAUGGCUCCAAGGACACAACCUCUCUCAAUACAGGCACUUAUUUGAAGAUGUACAGACCCUGGAGGAACUGAGUCUGAGUGUCCUGGACCGUCUGGAGGAGGUCGUUAGCGAGCAGCAGCGCUGGAGGGAAAUUGCAGAGGCUCACAUCCAGCUUCUCAGAGACUUUGCCUUCCAGGAGUGGCUUUGUUCCCAGAACCUGGAACAUUAUUACCAGACACUGAAGACCCUCGGAUGUAUGAAUCUGGACGAUCUGUCCCAGUUUGACAGUCAGCUGCAGCUUUCGUUAGCCGCCUGGAGUUACUACUACGAAGAUUACAUCAAACUUUCCACUGGCAUCAAGAUCCUCCAGACUUCCAGGCGGAGUCGAGACCAGGACUACGAGAUCCGGCUGGUGCACAGCCUUGCAGAGAGGCGUCUGAAUGAAAAGUGGUCGACUGCGGGAGCUCUAUUUUUUGGCUGUACUGUGGCACUGUGCUUCUCGAUAAGGGACCUCAUGUUUUACGUGAUUGGUGGAAUUACUGUUUCCAUCAUAGCGUUUUUCUUUACCAUCAAGUUCCUCUGUGAGGUUGCAGCAAGAAUCGUUAGCUUCCUUCAGAACGAGGAUGCAAGACAAAGAGGUGACCGCAGCAUCUAUGACUAUGUCCGUGGCAACUACCUGGACCCACGUUCCUGCAAGGUGUCCUGGGACUGGAAAGAACCGCAGGAAGUGGGGCAAACGAUGACUUUUCGAGUCCAGCUGUUCUACAAGAAUGGUCAACCUUUCCCUGCCCAUCGGCCUGUGGGUUUGAGGGUCAACAUUACUCACAUUGAGCUGGCCCUGGACAUCCCUGUCACACAGGAGGUUCUGCAAGAACCAGAGUCCAACGUUGUCAAAAUUGCCUUCACAGUACGCAAAGCUGGACGCUAUGAGGUUGCUGUCAAGCUGGGUGGUCUGAAUGUGGCUUACAGUCCUUAUUACAAGAUAUUUCAGCCAGGUACUGUUGUUCCGUCCAAAACAACAAUAGCCUACCAUUUUUCUACCCUGGUGCUAACAAACAGCCAGCAGCACACGUUACAAAUUGAACCCAGGGACGAGUACGGAAACCCCACCAGUAACUCCACUUCUCUCACCGAUGAAGCCAACUACAGUGUGCAUGUCCACUCUCUAGGCACAGCGGAUGAUGACAGCCUCGAGGGGUCCUACAGCAAGUCCGUUUCACUCAACAAGCAGCAGUGCCUGGUUCUGCUGAGGCUGACCCUGAGGAAGACGGGCUGUUUCAGGGCCCGCAUCUCCUACAAGGAUCAGCUGCUCAGCAACGGGGAAUUUGACAUAAUUGUUCUCAGUGAGAAUGAAAAAGCCUGCGUGGAGAAGAAUGUGUCCACUCCAGGCAUAAGCAUCUACUUCGAGGCGUACCUUUACAGCAGCGGGAACUACAGCAGUUCGUCGUGGCAGUUACCAGCGUCCUCUCUGCUGACUCCUCACAGGAGGCCUUCCAUGGGGGAGGAGGAUGAGGAGCACGACUCUCCUGUGGAGGGGCAACCAGAGAAGGUGAAGAAACCAAAAAAGGUCUACUGUUACAUAUCGCCAAAGCAACUAUCUGUUAAGGAGUUCUACCUGAAAAUUAUUCCGUGGCGCCUUUUCACAUUUCGAGUCUGUCCAGGAACAAAGUUUACUUACUAUGGUCCAGACCCAGUUCAUAGAUAUUUAACUCUGGUGGUGGAUGAUGGGAUACAGCCUCCUGUGGAGCUCAGCUGCAAAGACAGAAACAUCAUGGCGGCCACCUUCAUUCGCUUCCUGCACAAAAACAUAGGUGGCUCCGAAACCUUUCAAGAUAAAGUGAACUUCUUUCAACGGGAACUCAGGCACAUUCACGCCAAGAAACCUCGAACCAAAACUUGCCUAAAAAUCUCCCGACAUGCCAUUCUAGAUUCAUCAUUAAAGGCCACAAGGAACUUCUCAGUGUCAGACUGGAGUAAGAACUUUGAGGUUGUGUUUCAUGACGAAGAAGCUCUUGACUGGGGUGGACCUCGCAGGGAGUGGUUUGAGUUGAUCUGCAAGACUCUUUUUGACACGUCCAACCAGUUGUUCACACGCUUCAGUGACGAUAACCAGGGCCUUGUGCACCCAAAUCCCGACAGGCCGCCUCACUUGCGCUUGAAGAUGUACGAGUUCGCAGGUCGCAUCGUGGGGAAAUGUUUGUACGAGUCGGCUCUGGGCGGAGCCUACAAACAGCUGGUCCGAGCUCGCUUUACACGUUCCUUCUUAGCGCAGAUCAUUGGUCUUAGGAUGAACUACAAGUACUUUGAGGCAGAUGACCAGGAGUUCUACAAAACCAAAGUCUGCUUCAUCCUAAACAAUGACGUGAGUGAAAUGGACCUGGUGUUUGCUGAGGAGAAGUACAACAAGUCAGGACAGCUGGAGAAGGUGGUGGAGCUAAUUUCAGGGGGAGCUCAGAUCGCCGUUACCAAUGAAAAUAAGAUGCAUUAUCUCAACCUGCUGGCGCAAUACAGACUGGCCAGCCAGGUGAGGGAUGAGGUGGAACAUUUCCUGAAAGGACUGAAUGAACUGGUUCCAGAAAAUCUGCUGGCCAUAUUUGAUGAGAACGAGUUGGAGUUGUUGAUGUGCGGAACAGGCGAUAUAAACGUGCAGGACUUCAAAGCUCAUGCUGUGAUUGUCGGAGGAUCCUGGCAUUUCAGAGAGAAAGUGAUGAAGUGGUUCUGGGCAGUGGUGUCCAGUUUCACCCAGGAAGAGCUGGCACGUCUGUUGCAGUUCACCACUGGCUCCUCUCAGCUUCCCCCUGGAGGGUUCAACACUCUUUGCCCCUCUUUUCAAAUCAUCGCCGCCCCCACACACAGCACUUUGCCCACCGCACAUACUUGUUUUAACCAGCUGUGCCUCCCCACGUAUGACUCUUACGAGGAGCUGCACAAGAUGCUAAAGCUGGCCAUCAGCGAGGGCAGCGAGGGCUUCGGCAUGCUCUGACUCCUCCGUCACCGCCACUGUGGCUCCGCUCGUACCCAUGAAGACCAGCACUGCUCCACUGCCCCGGUUCCCUGCUUUCAUCACCAGUUAACAGCCCCGCCUCUCAUUGUGUGUUCUUCUUUUUGGAGGACAGAGCUUUUCAGGAAGUCCCAGAAGACUGUGGAAUUUAGUCAUAUGAACCCUAAUGCUACUGUAUGUAAAUAAAAUCUCCCUUUUGUUAAAAAAAACCACAAGAAAUACAAAAAAAAAAGGCAAAACAAAAGAGCAUCACUGGAGAGACUAUUAUUUCUGAAAGCAGUUUCUUUAACUUUAUAAGUUCAAGAAACAAACCAGGCAGGAACAAAGGCUUUGGAGUUCUACUAAACUGCUUCGUUUGCAUUUUGCAAACAGGGGAAAGCUAUAAGUGCAACAGCAGCCUCCCUGUGAUGUGGGUGACACAUGCAUCUGCAGCACUUUGGCCUUAAUCGAUCAGGGACUGAUGUGUGUAUAUAAAUAUAUGAUAUCAUUAUUUUAACUCGAUCCGUGUACAUGCUGAUGUGUAAACGCAAGUUUUCCUCUUGUUAACUUUUUGUUGUGACAUUUAAGAAGAAGGGAUUGUUGUUCAAUGAAGCAUGUUUGCUAGGUUGAUUAUUAAUAUUAAUAUUUCUGAGUUCAGGAGAGUUUUUUAACAGAGGCCAAGUGAUUUCUGCCAUCUUCGUUUCUAAUUUAUUGAUAAAUAUUUUUGUUUCAUAGCUUAACAUUCUUGUGUUUUAUAACCUGCCUUAUUUAUGCCCCUUUGCCUCUGAUUGUAUCUCAACUGAUUUUUUAGGAGGAAACAAACAACAAUAAUAGGAAAUAGUACUUUCUGGUAUCUGCAGAGUGGCUGUGGAGUUGGAUCUUGGAUGAAUCCGUUAAACCAACGUUUUGUCAUGUAUGCUUUAUAUUUUUAGUCACAGCAUUUUGUGGGUUUAUCUCAGGAUCUUCUUUCCCACCUAUGCAUCCCCCUGACACACCUGCAGACAUGUUCAUCUUCAUGUGUGAGAAAACACACACACACCGUUAGCUCAUAGUUGCCUCCUUUUAAUCAUGUGUUCAACCUUGUCCUGAGUAAGCUGAUGGAAAGCAUUGUAUUUUUGGGAAAAUGUUUUUUUUUAUGUUAUUGUAAAACUAUUUAUUUUUAAUGUUUUGAAGGUUGUUAAUAUCAUGAGCCAACAGAUGUUUCCCUUUGUUUUUGUACAUAUUGUUGGAAUGACUGCUGUUUGAAGCGUUUACAUGAUUUUUAGCCAUGUUGUCAUAAUAUGUGCUGCCAGUUGGAGUAUUUCGAGAGCCGUCUUCAAGUAAAAGCAAUGUUUAACCUUGAAGCAAGAAAGAAACCAACAAUGGAGGUGGCUUUUUCUUUGCCGUGAUACUUUUUGUUUGUUCAUAUUCACCACAAACGUCUCAAAUGUGCAGUUUUCUUUUGAAACAUUGCUUAGUUUUGGCUGCAAGUUUGACCAGUUCUCUU